AUGGCCGAGUCCAAUCUGCUCCAGUGGACCAUCAUCCUCAUUCUGAUCGCCGUGAUCCUGUCCCUUACUGUCCUCGUCCAGAUCGUUUCCUCUUACACAGCCGCCUACCAAGCGGCGCCGCUCGAGAUUGGAACAUUUGUUGAUACUGCCGACUUUUCCGUCCAGGAGAAUGAGAGUUAUGAUCGCGAUGUCGCAAAAGUGCAGCGCCUGGAUGACAGAAUACGCUUGACACGCCUUCUAAGGGAGAUUCAAAAGACGGGCGAUGAUUUGCGCGAGGACAUCAAUGGCAUGGUGUUUGAGGAAGACACCACCAAGCUGAAGACUACCGCUAGGCUGCUCUGGGCGUCGAAGCGUUCGAGAUUGGAGGACCGGGUUCGUAGACUUGACAUGCUACGCAUGCGCUUUCUUGUUGUCUACAUGGGCGUCGUCGCAUCACACACAAACACCACUUCUCAUGAGAAACAUUCUCUACCUCCGCCUCCAACCCCUCUGCCUAGGACUAGGGAUCUAGAAAAGUCGCCUGUUUUUAAGACCCCAACUCGUCCUAUUUAUCCUAAAGGCUUGAUGGAGGGAGUUCUUAACCGCCCUCCAUUACGCAGUUUGACCACCCAAGGCCUCGUUAAUCACCCAGAGCCCGAUACCCAACCCAGCCGUAAGGGCUGGGCGGGAGUCGUCCAGGAGUUGCAGAAAUCGCCCAGGAUGCAUCAACGGCACGCCUCAAUUGAGCGCUCAAUGUCAAAGUCUUUCUCAAAGUUACCAUGA